GAGUGCGGGUAGGCCUUUACCGACAUGUCCUCCCUGAUGAGGUACCAGCGGGUCCAUACCGGGGAGAGGCCCUUUACCUGCCCCAAUUGCGGGAAGGCCUUUACCGACGUGUCCUCCCUAAUGAGGCACCACCGGAUCCACACCGGGGAGAGGCCCUUUACCUGCUCUCAGAGCGGGAAGGCCUUCAGCUAUUCCUCCCACUGCUGGCCCACCAGUGGAUCCACACGGGGGAGAGGCCCUUCAGCUGCCCCGAGUGUGGGAAGGCCUUUCACGAUUCCUCCAUCCUGCUGAGGCACCAGCGGAUCCACACCGGGGAGAGGCUGUUCAUCUGCUCUCAGUGAGGGAAGGGCUUCA